CACGCGACGAUGACCUGUGGAGCGCGCGUGAUCCAGGCUUUUGUUCUCGGCGCGUGCACUGCGAUGGCGGCCGCGCGCUGUUUGAGCGCGGAGCAGCUGCGGGUGCGCGCGGACUGGUUUCAAGCGCGCCACCGGGUGCACGAGCUCAAUCACACGCAGCAGCGCGAACUCACGUGCGCGAAGCUGGUGGAGCACGCGCAGCAGCAGCAGCAGCCUCAGCAUGUGUACACGCGCGCGCUCUCCCCGUGGACGUACAGACUGAACCGGGACCAGCGGCGGUUUCCUCGCGACAUCUUGGAGGCGCGCUGCCUGUGCGAAGGCUGCAUCCUGCAGAGGGCGCACGAGGACCGGCCGCACGAGGAGCACACCUACAACUCCGUCCCCGUCUACACCCACGUGCUGGUCCUGUACAAGACCCGCUGCGCCCGACAGCCGCACAAGUACCGGCUCACCAAGAGGAUGCUGCGCGUGACCGUCGGAUGCACCUGCGUCAUGCCCACAUACACGGGCGACCACCGGGAAACGGACCUGGGCUAGUCCUGGUUUAGUCCUGGGGUAGUCCUAAUUUAGAUUCAGUUUCUUAGGUCUGAUCUCCAAAGUGGUUUAGUCCUGGUUUAGUCCUGGUGAAGCUCUUUCUGCUACGUCAAACGCGUCAUAGGUGAAUCUGCCGCGUGAUGGUUGUAGCAGCUUUAGUUCGUUGUCACGUGGGAGGGUGGCAGAAAUACGCUGCAAUUUGUUUAAAAAAAAACAAAACACCAAAUCAAUCUAAAAACACUUCAGCGACAAAUACAAGGCCCACACAUCACUCUUUUCGCUCUGAAAAGUUGAUUUUACAUGAGAUGGGCCUUUGAGUAACAGAGCUUCAGACAGAGCAGUGCCUAAAUUUCACACCCCACAGAAUGUUGAUGACGACAGCCGCAAAGUAUCAAGAACCGAACGUGAAUAACAUAAAACAUGUCACGUUUAAAACACUGAAGUCACCACGUCCUCCACAGAUCUUAUCUCAACUCUUUCCUCUCAUUCACUUCAGGAAAUUGUUUAAAAAAAAGAAAAGGGAGUUUCAGACAAACUGUUGUUUCCUGAUUUCUCUGAGGAGCUCUCCCUGUUCAAAAAAGGUCAUAUUUUGAUUUUGAAUUGUUAAAUUACUAUGAAGACAGAUGACGGUUGCCGUAACCUGAAAACCAUGAAUAGACGUGUAUAAUGUUUAAUAU